AUGGCUGCUGGAAUUUCGCCUACGCUGAUCGGCCCGUAUCCUGGACUCGAGCUCUCAACGGCCGCAUUCACUCGGCAUAGGUCAACAGAGAGUGUUGGGCAUCUCCAGAGGACGGGCACGCCGCAAUUGACUCUACAUGACUUCCACAAGUGCCAGCAGUCGCCGCUCCUGUCCAACCCGCCAGAAUACGAACACAGAAGCGUCAAGAGGCGGCCUUCAGUAAACACCUUCGCAGGACAUCCAGCAAACGCGCCAUUUUCGUGGGCAGCUAGGCCGGCUUCGCCACCUCUGAUUCGUCCGCUGCCGCCACGCGACCAAUUCGCUUCUGUUUUGCCUCACCCUCAUCCUCACCUUUCGACAACACCUCGACUGCAGCACAACACUACUUCACCCUCCUUGUCCUCGACGGUGACCACGUUACAGUCAACACCAACCCACACGCCAAUACUCCGCGGCGGCUCCUCCUUUGAACGAAGAGGGCUUGAUGACAGGCGGGAGCUCGUUGAGCCCCUUCGUGCCAAGCGUAAGUUCCCAAGCCUGAAGCGAGCUAAACGUCUUCCACAUCCAGCGGACGGCAGUGGUAGAGGUGGAGGCAUCGGCGGCGGCAGCGGCAGCAGCAGCAGCAGUAGAGCAGAGAACGAUUUGUGGGAAGUGUACGCGGCGGUGUUUGAUCCGCCGGUGGAACUUGGAGGGGACAUCGUGUCUGGGACGCGACGAGCGACGGAAGAUCGCGAGGAACGAGUUUUUGAAGCACCUCAGGACGUAAGAGGCGCGAAAGAAGUUCGCUUUGCCACUGGCGAGGUUCUAGACGGAAGCGCAGGAGGAUAUUUGCACGCCGCCGACGGCUCAUCCAAGUCAACACACCCGCACCAGAACCAAGAGCCUGCAGGGACGUCAUCCUACUCACUUUCGAAGUUCGAGUUUCCGGUACCACCAGGCCACGACAAUUGGGCUGGCACUUUUGGACACUUGCGCAGGGAACAACCACCAAAUACUCCCACCACCUUGCUCUAUCGUGGGGCAUCGUUUGACGUGGUCAAUCCCCACGCCUCGUUACUCUUAGACGUGUACAACUUCGAGACACCAGCAGAAAUCGACGGUCUAUUGGACGAUUAUUUCGACGAGCCAACAACCGAAAACAUGCAGUACAAUCCCGUUACCGGCAGUAUGUCGCAGACCUCACUUUGUACACCAACCGAGAGCUCUCGGCGCUCUCGAAAGCUCUACCACGACGCAGAUCUUGCGCGUCGUAGCAUCAUGCGCAGUUACGACGAGCUUCCAUCACCUCCAGCUGCUCACCUCCACAGCUCGCCAUUGGCAGGCAGGACCUAUGCUAGCAUGCCAACAUCUCCAGACAGCGUCCACGACUUUCGGACGGUCGAAACUGACACACCGAGGCCACUACGUCAGCCGCAGUGGAAUACGAACACCCUUCGCAGUCUGUCUGCAGCGCUCGGUAUCGGCAGUAACGUCGACCAAGGCGCUGCCAGCAACAGUAGUGCGAACAAGGUGGAAGAAGGCCGUGCACCACAUUCCACUCCUGCAGCUGCAUCGUCUCAAGUCCACUCCCUUGGCAGCAUCAAAGACCGCAGUAGGCGGUCGAACCCGUUUGAUCUCUGCAUCAGCGACAGUGGCAGCGACAUCGAGUUGGCCAAUAUCAGCCAAGUCUUGGAGCACGGACGACGUGAAGAGGGCGGACCUAUUUUCACCCGUACGAGUGAUAAUGAAGGUGAAGACUCUCAAGCGACAUCCACAGAACCUGAGACCGAUCCAGCCAUCCGCGAAAUCCUUGACGGAUACGACUAUACCCGGUUCAACCCCUUUGAUGAUCCAGGAAGCAGUAGUUCGUCCAUUUCGUCAAUCGAGGUCGGACUCGGAGUCGUCAUUGAAGCGAGCGACGAGGACGACAUCUCGGACUUCGGCCCAGCAGUUGGCUCGAGCACGCAGCGACCUAUCACCAGGGAUUUGACGAAGUACACUCCACAACAAGCAGAGUUCCCGGCAUCUUCGUUGCCUACGCCUCCAGCCCCAGCACACACUGGUGUGAGAUACUACUCUGGCUGCAGCGAGCUACCGACGAGCGACCAGACCUACGGGGAGACAAAUCAGCUGCUCCAGAUCACCCCUGAGAUCGUUCAGUAUGCGCCAUACAGUCCAGGAGAGAAGCGCUACGAGUCGCCGUUUACACGACGCUACGCAGACUAUUAUGCCGCUACAAGCAUGCCACUCAAGAAGGUCCGCCCUCGUGCUGAUUCCGAUCCGUCGAAGCCGGUGUUGUCUACCUAUAAGCCCAUGUUUGCCAACGACAAAGAAAACGUACCGCCAGAAGGUUCGCAAGGCCAACCUGGAGACAAUGCGGCAGAUUUGGACAACCUCCUGGAUGGUGAACAAGAGUUCCGCUUCAUUGAGCCAGACGUGGAGGACGUUCUGCCACGUCGUGCAAAUCGUGCUUCAAGUCAUUACGCCAAUGAUGCCGACAUCAUUGAGCCAGAAGUGGAGGUCAUUCUGCGCCGUCGUGCAAAUCGUGCCUCCAGUCGUUACGCCAACGAUGCUGAGAGCGCAUGGGAAAGCGAGUUCACCGAUUCACAUGAUGAUCUUACUCGCACGAUCAGCCAGCAGAGCUUAGCGAGCUAUGCAGACACGAGCGUCAAUGGUAGUCAGCAUCGCUCCAGUGUUGACGACGGCAUUCCCGACAUCAACGACCGUCGACCCGCAUCGACUGGACCUCCACCUGACGGACCACCCCAGGUUGGAAUAGGCUUGAGCAAGACGUUCAGCGACCCUUCGAUACCGAUCACUGAGGACUGGCCAUUCAGAAAACCUAACGGCUUCUACACCACGGCCUGCCCGGGGGUGCCCAACGAUGCACAUUCCGACAGAGGUCGACUGGUCGAAACUCCAGAUAGUGCGCUGCCUCCAAACCUUAAGUACAGCGCGAGCGUGGACACUUUCACGACCAUACGCAAGCCCACCGCCCUGGUGCCAUUUGGUCGAGAAAUCAGCACUGGCCAAUUCGAAGUCGCCAAACAGGGCCAAGUCGUCCCACUGAAGCCUAAGCGUUCCAUGCAAGGAAAGGUUGUCCGCCAGACUGGACUCAAAGAGCUUCACCUAGUGAAGCCAAAGACUAGAGAGCGUCGUCAUCCUCAGCGCUGGACCGAUGCUCAAUACUUGGCCAAAGGUAAAGACUGGCUCGAUGAUUUUGGCCCACGACCAUACAUGACCGCCAACAGUCCACUGGCCAAGUACACCGAUCCACGAAGCAGCUCUUUCGAUGCUAAGCUCAGCGCUAAGCGCCUACUCGUGAAUCCAAAGUUGGAGGAGUACUACUACCCUCCUGUGCUCUACGAGGAGCGCAAAGCAAUCUCAAAGGAGUGCCUGAGGUGGAUUGCGCCCUUCCCGGUGCUCACGCUUGCGUACGGUCUUGGAGGCUUGGACAGAUACAUGCGUCACAAGACGAAUGGCCGCAUCGAGAAGAUGGCGCCGAAGCAGAAGUACGAGGCCCUCUACGUGUACCUUCCACUGGUCUCGUUGCUCUGGGCCAUUGCUGCUGUGAUUGGUGCUAUUCUGAUCAUGGCUUUCCAUCCUGGUGGCGUCACUUCUGGCGGCAAUAGCGCUCCGUUCUAG